GGAACAAUGCAUAAUAGGCUUCUUAAUUCACCAGUUGCACUUGCACAGUCCAGCUGCGGAUUAGAUGCGGACCAAUGAGAACAUGGCUGUGCCUGCUUUUGGUCCCCUGUCUUCAACCAGAUGGUUUGGGUGCCUCUGGAAUCUACAUACGUCUGGGCGGUACUCUGCCAGCCAUCCCCAGUGCUGCUGAACGCGCUUCACUGCAGGGCCUGCAGCUCUUGGCGACCAAAUUGCAACAGUACACUCCAUUUUAUGGUCCGUCACAAUUACCUCUUAGACUUCGUUUGCAAAUUGAGGAUGAUGGAGGUGACCGUCAGCGUGCUGCUGACAUCUACUCCCGUAUGAUCGAAAGCAAAGAGGUCGAUUUCUUGAUUGGCCUUCAGUCUUCGGACAUGCAGGAGGUGGCUGCAGAAGCCGCAAACUCCAGGAGCAUCCUCACACUUUUGACCCGGGGCAUCGGCAUCGGGGGCAUCGGCAUGUCGAGUGAAACUACACAAUCUCAACAUGGUCCUUGGACAUUUACACCAGACGUCCAGGUGCAGGAUAUCAUGGCUGGCAGCAUUGAGUUGGCUGGAAGUCAAUCAACACCAGCACAGUCAAUGGCCACCAUUUGGGAUGCUGGAAGUUCCUUUGCGGAGGAAGUUUGCGCUGGUGCUACACUGCAUGCUCGCCGGAUUGGCAUGACUGUGCUUGAUGCAACUGGGAUUGCAGACCAGGCAAUGAUGCCACACAUGCGCGAGCUAAAAGGGAUGGGUCCCGACCUACUGGUGGGUUGUGGCAACCUUCGAAGCGCUGAACAGAUUCUCAUCUCUGCUAGCUCUCUUAGCUUUGUUCCUUUGGGCCUUAUUUUGACCGCUGUUUCCAGCAGGGACGCCGUUCGCUCAGUAGGGGCUCAUUUGGCGAAUUAUGUGAUGAGCCCAUUGGUGUGGGAGCCGUCUGUAUCAGUGAAAUGCCCUAUUUUCGGUUCUGCUUGGGACUUCGCCGCAGCCUACAGGGAAGAAUUCAAUGAGGAGGCGCUGCCAGAAAGUGCUGCAGCUGCUGCAGGGGCAAUCGCAUUGCUCUCUGCCAUUCAGGCGGUGAGGAGCCUGGAGCAAAGCGAAGUGCGCCAGGCCUUGCUUUCACGGUCAGUGCAAACAUGCUAUGGGCUCCUUUCCUUUGACAACAAUGGUACCCGGACCAAUGCUCGCACUUUGACUCAGCAGGUUCAACCUUUGGACAAGGACCAGGCGACCAUGGAUCGCUGGAUCAGCGCAGACAUUGUGACUCUGGACUCCGAAGGUGGACAGGAAACUCUCAGUGGCUGGCCUUUGCCAACCUGGGUCCAGAAAGAGAUUGACGUCUAUCCUUGCGUUCCAGGGGAGGCUGUGGUGCUGGACAAUGGAGGCAAUGCCACGACUUGCAAGAAGUGCCCUCCUGGUCGAUACCGCACACCUCGCUCUGUCGAGUGUGAGGACUGUCAACCAGGAACGUAUGGCAAUACUGCUGGCAUGAGCCAAUGCGACCUUUGCCCUUUUGGUGCUGAUUGUCCUGGCAAUUCAGAGCUGUUUGCCAAACCCGGCUUCUACCGCCUGCCAGCGGCCUCGCAGUCAGGAACCUUUGUUGAGUGCACCCCUCCGGAACUGUGUCUUGGAAAGAACGAGUGCAAAGAGGCUCAUCAGGGCAUCUUGUGCCAACACUGCGGACCCGGAUAUUCCUUGCCGCUUUGGGGCCUGAAGCGCGAGUUUUGCAGGGAAUGCCCAAGCCAUCGUGUGGCUGCGAGCAGCAUUGCUUUGACAGUUUUCCUUUAUGUGCUGUACAUUUGGCUCAUCGUGAAGGGCACCCGGUCUGCAUCACAAUCAGUGCGGGCGAUCCAUUCUGUGAUUCUCAAGAUCGGAGUCAACUACUUGCAGUUUGCAGGAACUGCUUUCGAAGCUACUGAAUUUAAAGUCAUGGUGGCAACAAUCUGCGGAGAAAGUGGCGCAUAUUUGAUGCCCUUCAUUGCAGUGCCAGAGCGACUGCAGUAUCCUUUCUCCGCAUUGAUUAGCCUUGAUUGCAUUCUUCCCUCGGGCAGCAGCAUCCGUCCGUACCAGGUCGAGAUUGCAGUAGGUCUUGUACUAAUGCCAGCGGCAUUCUUCAUCAUGACGCUCUUUGCGGCCAUCCGGAAGGAUUGCAUUGGAGUUCUGGCACCAUGGCUCCGCAAGAAAUGGGCCGUCUACAGGGCGAGACAGAGAGCCCGCAUACUGGAGCGGGGAGUGGCCGAGGAAAACACGCCGCAGGACCUGAACAUUCUCAGAUCACCCACUGGGAAUCCCGGUGCCCUGACCAUGUCGCCUUCUUCGGGUAUAUCUCCUACGCUGUUCAAGGACGCAUCUCCACCUGUGUCACCUCAGCGCCGCGGAGGAGACUUCACUCCAGUGUCUCCUCAACGGCGAGGUGGCGAUUUCACUCCCAUGUCAGCAUAUGGCCUGGGCUCUCCGUGGAAUCGAAAUCGCUCAGAGGAGGAUUCCCCAGGCUCCCCAACUCCACGACGGGCACCACACACCAAGGUCUUCGUGAACAACGUGGCCACCCGCUUCGUCAACUCGGUGAUUGUGAUGAGCUUCAUCCUCCAUCCAGUGGUGGUAAGGAUUCUGGUGGUUGGCUUUGAAUGCGAAGAGCUGGAUGUCUUGCGUCACAGACGGGACUUCAGCGUGGAGUGUAAGUCCGACAAUCACAUGCCCUGGCUUGCCUUGAGCACAGCUGGCUUAAUCGUGUUUGGCCUUGGAGUUCCAGUGUCUCUCUUCAUUGCACUGUGCAGAGUUCGGAAGUCCCUGUACCGUCCGGAGAUCAGAAAGCGCUAUGGUUUCCUCUACAAUGGUUUCGAGUUGAAAUACUACUACUUCGAGUCGGUCUACAUGUUCCGCAAGGUGAUGAUUUUGCUUUUCUUCACAGCACCCACAAUGUACGUGCGCAUGGUUCUGAUGCUCUUCACCUCCUUUGGCUUCAUCUUGCUCCACGUGAAUUCUGGGCCGUUUGACAAUCGCAGCUACAUGUGUCUUGAUCGACUUGAAGCCUUGAGCCUCAUGGCACUCACAGUGACUGUCUCAGCUCGCUUGAUCUUUGACAUUCGUCAGGAACUUUCUGGAGAGUUCUUUGAGGAAAUCGUGAAUCACUGGAUCAUGGACAUUCUCCUGGUGGCUGGUCCCAUGCUGACGCACUUGUCCUUCAUUGGAUUUGCGAUUUGGGGUCUGUUCAGGAAUACAGUUCUCAAGCACCUUUUGCUGAAAGUUGAAAUCUGGCCAGAACGGAUGUCGUCAAUUCAGAAGUGCUUGCUGGGUCUUGAGAAGCACAAGCGAAAGGCCUUCUUUGAUGAAGAUGAGGAGGGUUUCUGGUUGGACACCGGCAAUCUCAGCAAGCAGGAGAAGGACUACCUAUUUGUUGCCAUGUGCGACACGCUUCAUCGCUACAUGGAUACCGAUCACCGGAUUCAUCCUGGCGACAUGGCUGCGGCCGUGAAGGAAGCUCUGGUCCGGUGCAGGUCGGCGCGGCGAAAGCGAGCUGUUCGCCUGGAGCAGUUGGACAGGGAGUUUCGCGAGCAGAAAGCCAUGGGGAGAAACAGCUGCCUCUCUCGCAUCAUCCGCUGGCAGAAGGUCCUGAGUGUGUCGUUGUACGGUGCUGACAGACAAAGCGAGUUGCAAGAGCGGGAAAGCAGCUGUCUUGAAAAUCUGUUCGCUUGCCUCGGACGAAAAGAUCGCCGACCCCGACGAGUUCGUGGUUUGCCCAAGAAGGCCUUGCACAUGGAGAUGGAGAAGACCCAGGAGUUUCUGCCAGAGGAAUUCUUCGAUGCGCUGAUACCUGUUUGGCAGGAGAUUACUGAAGGUCAAGGUCCUCACCUUUCUCCACGGGAGUGCCACUAUUGGCCUGAAACAACUUUGUCACAGAGGCCUCGCCGUGUGCGGCUGCAAGGAGUGGAGGAUGAUGGGGAGGAAGAUGAUCAAGACGAAGAUGUUGAGAGGGGCGAGGAGGGAAGGACCAUGCAUGGAAGUAGUCUUCGCUUGGAGGCUCUCCUGGGAAGGGAACAACCUCCUGCAGAUCGAGAAGCUUCUGGACCGCUUGAGAGCUUCUUGCUGCGUGCUCACUCUGGAUGCAGGAUAGAUCUUCCUACUUUGAUAACAGCGCAUGAUGAGCUCUUGGCAGAGAAUCUGGAGCUCCGGAAGCAAAAUGAGGCAUUGCAAACACAGGUGGCGGGCAUGAGAAACCGAUCUCCAAAAAAACUGCCACACAACUUGGUGAGUCCAUCAUCGCGAGCGCAGGUUGCUCAGCUUUACAGUGAGCAUGAAGAGAUUCAAGAGGAUGGGAUUCCUACUGCGCCAUCUAGCUGGAGAGAGGUUGAUCCCGGCAGCCCCAGCAUCGUGAACGUGGCUGCUGCUGCCUUUGCUGCAGUAAAAAAUGCGCUGAGCAAUCCCAACACUCCUUCCAGGCCCGGGCGGAGUGCUAGCGUGGUUGAAACACUGGAAGAGGGCGUAGUGGUACAGUCAACCUCCCCAACUCAUUUGUUCUCGCGCCCAACAUCAAGAGCUCCUUCACAGCGCUCAUCUCCGCAGCGGAAGACACAGGGACGACUUCUCUUGCCAAUCCCCUCUGCUGCUGAAAGAGCGCAGCCCUGGAGUCAGGGCAACAGCCCAAGCAAGUCUCCUGGCUCUGCGUCUCCGUGGCGCAAUGCGAUGCGACCGGUGCGAAACAAGGAGUGGUCAGACGCACAGGGAAGUCGCAAUCCAAUGCCGCAGCAUGCUCCGCAGCAUGUUCCAUUCGAAUUCUCCGGCGCUGUGCGCCCAACUGAUCCUGGGGCAUGGCCUCAAGUCGAGUGAGAACUAUGUAGGGCCUGCUGUGACUCAUCGUUAUCGGUUUCCAACACCCACAAUUGUAGAGCUUGUUUUUCGUCAAUCAAUGUCCAUCUUCUUUCCUUGCAACGUGUUGAAUUCUCGAAAGCAAAAUUGAUGGCUCCAAUUUGCAGAAGCAAUACGAAUUCGCCUGCAAACAAGAGUAUCGGUAUCAGAAGAUACUGAAUAGUGCAGUUGUAAAGAGUUUUAGCUACACAUCUCAAACUUUGAAUUCGCCUGCCGAGCUGACUUUGGAAAGUAAGCCAAAGUGAGCCAAAGUCUGGCACCAUAAAUCUGAAGAGUGCCUUGCGGCAGGUCUGUUUGCCUCUUGUGGCUAAAGACAGUGCAGCCUGCUAAACGCAGGUUUCUGUGCUGUGCUCUCGCAGCUCAAAGGUCAAACGGCAACUGACAAAGCCGAUGCGUACAAAAGAUGUGUAAAAUAUC